AUGUCGAGGACUGAAGUAAGGACCAAGGAUAAGCUGCUUGAGAUUAACGGAGUCAAGCCAAAAGUCAUUCUCCCCGACGGCACCACCCUCAAUGCCACCUCCGAGUCCUCAGAUAGGCUCUACACCAUGAAGCGCACCGGCGACCACUACUACUGCACCUGCCCCGCCUGGCGCCGCGCCAUCGGCGCAGUCAACAGCCGCACCUGCAAGCACCUGCAGUCGCUCUUUGGCGUGGAAUACGAAGAGGCGCGCCUGGAGCGCCUGAACCCCACCGCCGCCACCUCCACCUCCACCCCCACGAGCAGCCUGAAGCGCAAAGCGGAAGACGACCUCGAGGCGGGCGGGAAGGGGAAGGCAAAGGCGCUGGAGGAGAGUACUGACGACGGCGAGGACACGGAGGACGAGGUGGCCACGGAGGAGGACGUGAAGCCGCGGGGUGGGAGGAGGCUGGCGAAGAGGGCUAGCCCGGAUGAUGAUGAGGAGGAGGAGGAAGAGGAGGAGGAGGAGGCGAGGCCCGCGGCGAAGAGGUCGAGGGGGGGGAAGGCGGUGAGGGCGGGGGUGGUGAGUGAUGAGGAGCUUGCGGAUGCGAAGCCGGCGCGGAAGGCGGCGGCGGGUAGUAGUAGUAGUGGUGGUGGUGGUGCGGCGGCGGCCCGGCCGAAGCGGAAGGUGGAGCCCGUGCAGAGGCUGGCGAAGGAUUUGAGCUUCAAGCCGCUGCUGGCGGAGAAGUGGGAUAUCGAGAAGGGGAAGGACCCGAAGGGGUAUCUGAUCUCUGAGAAGCUGGACGGUGUGCGCGCGUACUGGAAUGGGAAGAACUUUCAGAGCCGCGAGGGGAACCCGUUUUAUGCGCCGGAGUGGUUCACGAAGAGGAUGCCGAAGGAUAUCUGCCUCGACGGCGAACUCUUCACUAGCCGCGGCGACUUCCAGAAAUGCGUGUCCAUCGUGCGCACGCAGAACAACCCCGACGCCUGGAAGUUCAGCGUGAGCUACCAAGUCUUCGACUGCCCGAGCAUGGGCGACGAGCCCUUCGAGGACCGCAUCGCGUUCGUGCAGGAGACGUUCAAGAAGCUGCGCAUCCGCUGGGUGCACGUGCUCGAGCACACCGAGUGCCGGAGCCGCAAGCACCUCCUCGACAUGCUCGACGACGUGUGCGGGAAGGGCGGCGAGGGCCUGAUGCUGCGCGAGCCCGGGUCGCCGUAUGUCAACGGGCGCAGCAAGACGCUGCUGAAGGUGAAGCGCUUCUUGGAUGCCGAUGCGGUCGUGAGGGGCCAUGAGAGGGGGUCCGGGAAGAAUGCGAAUUGUACCGGGGCGUUGAGGGUGGAGAUGUUGGAUGCGAAGGGGAGGCCGACGGGGAAGCUGUUUAAGAUUGGGAGUGGAUUGACGGAUCAGCAGAGGAGGACGCCGCCGAAGAUUGGGGCUACGGUGAUCUAUAGGUAUCAGGAGUUGUCGAAUAGCGGCACGCCGAGGUUCCCGACGUUUGUGGGCGAGAGGGCGGAUUAG